CUUCAUCCAGCUACAUACCACCACUCUCAUAACCAUCGACCACGAUCUCAUCUUCAUCCACCGCAUCACUCGAUUCCACGCGCUUGAUAUCUCCAUCUGGGAGAAGUUACGAGACAAGUCCUUGGCUUUCCAACUGCCUGACUGGUUGAUUGAUUACUUUCGUCAUCAUGGCUAAUGGCAUUCCUACCCAAGGUGUCGGCAGCUUAUUUACACUCAUCAAAAGGUUAGAGGCUGCCACCUCUCGCUUGGAGGACAUAGCUAUUGCUCAGACUACGGCCGGUGGGAAUGGGAUGACCGUCGAAAAAUCAAACUCUGGCGGACAGAACUCGUUCCAGGAAGCUCCAACCGAGACUCCACCAUCCUUAAAAGCCUACGAUGAACUGAUAGCAGGACCGCUUCAAAAAUAUCUGGGCUUUUCCAAGGAAGUGGGUGGAUCAGCUCAGGAGCAAGCGCAGCAUGUCGACGCUACAUUCAGCGCCCAACGGACCUUCCUCUUGAUUACCAGUUCAUGCCAAAAUCCGGGAUCGUCAAACGUAUUCAUGGAGCUCUUACAAUCCACAUCAGAACCAUUGAACCGGGUCGUGGAAAUUAAAGAUGCAAAUCGCUCCGACAAACGCCUCUUCAAUGGCUUGACAGCCAUCGCCGAGGGAAUCUCCGCUCUUGGUUGGGUCGCCGUGGAAAGUAAACCGGGGCCUAUGGUUGCGGAAGCUAAAGAUAGCGCCCAAUUUUGGGUAAACCGCGUGUUGAAGGAUUUUAAAGAAACGGAACCCAAGUUGGUUGAGUGGGCAAAAAGUUUUGUGGUUGUUUUGGAAGAACUCCGAAAGUACAUUAUGCAGUAUCAUACUACGUGUCUUGUCUGGAACCCGAAGGGCGAAGAUGCUGUCAGUUUUUCCAAACGAUUGGCGAAGGGAGAUACAUCGACAGAGAUCCCCCAACCUCCUGGACCACCACCUGCUCACCCACCUCCGCCGCCACCACCACCGCCUAUGCCAGCGGCCUCGGGUGCCAGUUCGGGAGGUGGAAUGGACGCAGUGUUCUCUUCUUUAAACCAAGGCGAGAAGAUCACUAGCGGCCUGCGAAAAGUCGAUCCAAGCCAAAUGACACACAAGAAUCCAGAGCUCCGUGGGUCGGCUAGUGCUGAGGUAACCGUCAGUCCUUCGAAUAGCCUCAAGAGACCCGCCAAACCCCCCAAGCCACCCAGUUUCCAAAAGAAGCCUGCCAAAACCGAGUUGGUUGGAAACAAGUGGAAUGUUGAAUACCAUGAAGGUCAAUCCUCGAUCGUCUUGGAAGACACUCAAAUCAACCAAGUAGUCAACAUCUUUGGAUGCAAGAAUUCGACGAUCCAAAUCAAAGGCAAAGUGAACGGGAUUACGCUAGUAUCGUGCACGAAGACGUCGGUACUAUUGGACUCGGUAGUCUCCUCGUUAUGCAUCACCUCCUCGCCCUCAUUCACCGUCCAAGUGCUCGGAAAAUGUCCGACUAUCAUGAUCGAUGCCACCGAUGGCGGUCAAGUCUAUCUCAGUAAAGAGAGCCUCGAGGUCGAGAUCCUGACGGCCAAGACUAGCGCUCUCAAUGUCAGUCUUCCGUCCGGCGACGAGGAAGGCGUGUUUGUCGAGAAAUCCUUGCCCGAACAACUCAAAACUUCCAUCAAGGAUGGUAAAUUAAUCACCACCGUAUUCGAACACACUGGAUAACUCCAUAGAUGUUCGUGAAUUGACUUACAAUAGCAAGCAUCAUUGCAUAGUAGUACUUUUUUCCUGUUUCCUGUCAUUUUAUAAUAUUGAAUGAAUGCUAUGAUUUUUUUUUUCGCAAAUCUUUCUGACAUUAAACUUAGACUCUUUUUUUACGUUUUGCUGUGUGUAAAUUGUAAAAAAACAAAAAACAUGAAAAAAGAUGUACGGGUUCCAACAAAUAAUGG